AUGUCACCUAAAUAUCCGGAACCCGCUCGCCGUAACUUGGAGAGGGAAGGCAGUCAGAUUGGACAAUCAACAAGGAGAGGCUGGUAUUUCAAGAAUAUCCUACAGAUAUGGAUCGCCCUGGAUGAUGGCCUGAAAAUUAAGAAAGAGUCAUCAUCCAAGGCAAAACCCCCCGUGACUAGCUAUCCAGGCAUCCAAGAGAGGCGUAUAGAUCUCUCGAGUCGAUUUAGUCUCCAGGACACACAAGUUUAUAUCAACUCGCUGAGGCGAGUGGAUAGGCAAACGGGCCAAGGUGUCCUUGCCGACGUGGCUGUGACGCAUUCGACGGACGAGGAUCAUUCAUUGGCCAUCACGAGGCAACGUGUUUUCGCCUGGCGGAAGUGGCAGUUGAGCAGAGUGAAUGAUAGCUUGCGCAUACAUAUUGAUGCCUUGCGUAUGGCUCUGUGUCCAUCAUCCCGCGAUAUCAUCAUGGCUCCCCGUCAGCCUCAAGGCAUCGACACAGGCUUCCUUCUACCAUCCCUCCACCCGGCUUCCUUCGUCUCUGUGAGUCUCCGCAAAGACGUGAAUGUCCCGUCUUCGUUUGUUGAUGUUUCGAAAGGGAAAAAGCAGGAGUGA